AUGCCGCCUGUUUUCAUCAAAGAAAACAAGAAGAUGUUGGCCAAGACUUGCUUACUGAAAACAAAUGUAGUUGGGAUGUCAUGGGAAGCAAAAAUAGUGAGAAAAAAGUCCAAUUACUUCAUUUGUGAAGGAGACUGGCCACAAUUUGUGGUGCAUCACAAAUUGGAGCUAGGGGAUAUUUUGCUCUUCUUUCUCUUUGAUAAAUCAACGUUCCAAGUCCUGCCUUACACCCAGAAAAGUUAUAAAAACUCUCGUGGGAGGCAACUAUUUCAGGAGCUCAGCAGUUCCUCGGAAGAGGAACAUGACGUUGAUAUCGGUAGAAAAUCGAAGAAAAUUAAAAUGGAGACAAAAGAAUCAUCAGAGGAGGAGGAAGUUGAGGGUACAAGUGAAGAAAACAGUCCAAAGAAGAACAGAUUCAGUGUGGUGAACUUGAAAAAUAAAGACCCAUACUAUGAAAUGGUUGUAAGAAAGACACAUUCAAAAUUUAUGACCAUCCCAAUGAUCUUCGCUAAAUGGUCCGGCAUAAUUAACAUGAAGAAAAUGAGACUGGUAAAUGAAAAAGGCAACGAGUGGAAAGUGGACAUAGUGCAUGUUGGCCCAAGGGUUAUGAUAAAAGGAGGAUGGGCUAAAUUCCGAACUCUUAACAAAAUAGCCAAUGGUCAGACUUGUCGCUUCAAGUUGAUUCAGGGAAAUUGUUGUGGGAAUAAUGUUUUACAGAUUCAAAAGAUCUCCAAACCACAGUCCUUGCAAUAG